CCAGCGAGCAGUGAGGCUAAUAUUUGAACUCAGCAAUCUGCAUUGGAAAACGCUGCUUUUUGUUGCCGUUUUUCUGGCAUGACAUACAAUAUCUAGGCCUGGCCCAUGGCGAGUGUUCUGUAUCAUUCUGUGUGUAACUUGGGGUAUGCGCAGCAUCGGUUCUGGUUUGGAGAUGCUGCGCCAGUUCCUAUGAGGAGUGAGACACUGGCUCGAGCCUCAGCUGGCACUUUGAAAAGCCUGGACUAGCUCUCUGGGGCUUAAUUUCUCCAUCCAUGAAUAAGAGCAUUGGGCAGUUUUCCUGGAGGUCCUUUCUUAAUCAGAGAGGAUAAAUAAACUUUUGAAAAGAUGCCUCAGGGCACGGGAUGUAGCUCGAUGUUAAAGUGAUUGCCUAGCAUGUUUUGUUGCUUCUUCGGUUUUUGGGGUUUUGCUUUGUUUUGGUUUGGUUUGGUUUGGUUUUUCAAGAUAGGGUUUCUCUGGGUAGCUUUGGAGCCUGUCCUGGAACUUGCUCUGUAGACCAGGCUAGCCUCUAAUUCAACAGAAAACUGCCUGCCGCUGCCUUCCAAGCAUGUGCCACCACACCUGGCCUUGGCUUUAAUUAUAUUGGAGGUUGUCUGGAAAGGUAGGAAAUACUAGAAGCAUAAAUGCCAGCAGCCUAGCUUACCAGGUAGCUGUCCAUGAGACAGUUAGAGCAACUUACCUCGUCGGGCAUGGCUACAUCACAGUACUCUCUCGCUCCCUCCCAUUUUUAGAAAGUUGGAAGUAAUACCUAAACCUGCUUCUGGACAUGGCACUAAAACGGAGUUCUUGCUGAGAGUUUCAGUUACACAGAAACCAUGGUUCGACUGACUCUGGAUUUAAUUGCCAAAAGCAGCAAUCUUAAACCCCGAAAAGAAGAAACCAUCACACAAUGCCUGAAGAAAAUAACGCACAUAAAUUUUUCAGACAGAAAUAUAGAUUCAAUUGACGACCUCUCUCUCUGCAAAAACCUGAGCGUUUUAUAUUUAUAUGAUAACCGCAUUAGUGCCAUCACCAACCUGAACUAUUCCACGAAUCUGACCCACUUGUACCUGCAGAACAAUUGCAUUUCCUGCAUCGAGAACCUCAGGUCCCUGAAGAGACUAGAGAAACUGUACCUGGGAGGCAAUUACAUUGCAGUCGUAGAAGGUUUAGAAGGACUGGAAGAACUGAGGGAGCUGCAUGUUGAAAGCCAGAGGCUUCCCCUGGGAGAAAAGCUUCUGUUUGACCCCAGGACUCUCCGUUCUCUGGCAAAAUCCCUCUCUAUUUUGAAUAUCAGCAACAAUAAUAUCGAUGACAUAAAAGACUUAGAGAUGCUGGAGAAUCUGAACCACCUGAUCGCCGUUGACAACCAGCUGGUGCAUGUGAAGGAUUUGGAGCUUUUACUGAAAAAACUGAUGAAGCUGUGGAAAAUGGAUCUAAAUGGAAAUCCUGUUUGUCUUAAACCAAAAUACAGGGACAAACUGAUACUGAUGUCCAAGUCCCUGGAAUUUCUUGAUGGAAAAGAAAUAAAAAAUCUGGAAAGACAAUUCCUAAUGAAUUGGAAAGCAUCCAAAGAUGCCAAGAAAGUCAGCAAGAAAAGGAGCAGUAAGAAUGAGGAUCGGAGCGACUCUUACUUAAGAAUAUGUCCUUGAAGGAGUCUGAAAGCUUGGUAACAAAAAGCGAUAUCCACGAACCUCACCUCCGAAACCCAAAAGUAAAGGAACUUUUGUGUGAGGAAAAGGAGUCAGUUCAGCCUGGCGUGAUUUGAUUUCAUCCUAGAUCUAGGCAACAGCGUGGCGUGAGGGUUUGUAGAGCGGUUAUCUCGGUGUAUACCUUCCUGUUUGUUUCUUUAUUGAAUCUGAGACUUUCCGUGUGUGAAUUCCGGGAUCUAUUUACUUUAUUAGUUGUUAAAUAAAAUUUACCAGGAAAUACA